CCUAGAUUCCCAAAACAUGUUGACACCCGGUUCAGCUACAUGACAGAGACGCAAUCUGCGUUGUCUAAGAAUCUAAACAACAAGAGUUACAGGUCUUCAAGUAAACAUGGAUUACAGGUAGACCAAUCACAGGCUUUCCUUGAGCACUUAUGAUGUCAUCAGCAUCUGCUGGUGGAGGAGGAAGUGUUGUCAUGGAGACGUCUAACUUCGCCCAUGUCAUCUUCCAGAAUGUUGGGAAAAGCUUCCUCCCGCAGGCAGCGCUUGAAUGUCAUUACACACUCACCCCCUUCAUCACCCCACAUCCCAAAGACUGGGUUGGCAUCUUUAAGGUGGGCUGGAGCAGUGCAAGAGACUACUACACAUUCCUCUGGUCUCCCAUGCCUGAAAACUACACUGAGGGAUCCACUGUUCAUCGAACCAUCAUCUUUCAGGGUUAUUAUGUUCCCCGUAGUGAUGGUGAGUUUUAUCAGUUCUGCUACGUCACACACACGGGUGAAAUCAGAGGUGCGAGCACGCCAUUCCAGUUCCGCCCAGCCACGCCCACAGGGGAGGAGCUACUGACAGUGGAAGAUGAUGGGAACUCAGACAUACUGGUUGUGACGACAAAGACCGGACUACUUGAGCAGCGUGUAGAAGAAGUUCAACAGGAGUGCAAAGAACUGCAGAAAGCACUACGCCUCCUCACACAGGAGAGAGAUCAGCUACAGGAGAGACAGAGACAACAGAACCAGGAGCUGCAGAAAGGCCUGCGUGAGGAGAAGGAGGAGGCUCAAGCCAGAGUGAGACAACUUGAACAGGACCUGCUAGAAAUCACGCAAAAAUCUGUUCUUAAAGAGACCGAACUGGACUGUUUAACAGACAGGCUGCAGAAGGUGAUUUCUGAGCGGGACAGUCUACAAACUCAACUGAAGAAUGAGAGAGAUGAGAGGGAGCUUUACAAAUCCCACGUGCGAAGCGCCGAGCUGGAAAACACUAAACUCAGUGCAGAGCUGCAGAUGCUGAAGGCAGUGGAGCUGAACAGGGAGGUCACCAUCGCACAGUACCAGGAUGAACUACACAGACUACGCACAGAGAGAGACACACAUCCCACUGAUGCCGGCCUGAAAGUGCAGUUGCGUGAAGCUGAGGAGCAGCUCCAGGCCACACGGCAGCAGGCAGCCAUGUUGGGUUCUGAGUUACGUGAUGCCUCCGGUGGGCGAGAUCGCACCAUGGCUGAGCUGUACCGUGCCCGUCAGGAGACAGAAGACCUACGAGCCUAUUUAGCUGAAGCCCAGGAAGAAUGCAGACAUGCUCAGAAUCAGCUUGACAGGAUGAGAAGCCAGGCAUCACAGGAAGUGGGCAGGGCUGGAGGUGGAGUGGGUGUGGUUUCAGAGCUGGAGGCGGAGCUACAAAAGGAGGUUGAGGAACUAAAGCUGCGUCUGAAUAUGGCUGCAGAGCACUACAAAGAGAAAUACAGAGAGUGCCAACGUUUGCGAAGACAAGUCACCAAACUGACCCAGCAACAGGGGGUGAGUAACCGAAAUUAUGGCUUUACCCAGUUGUAAACUGAAAUCGCCGACAAAUGCCCGAAAUCGGGGGCAAAUCGGUAUACCGGGAGACUGGGAGUUGAAGGUAGACCUGGACAGGAUGGGAUGGAAGAGAAAAAAGAGGAGGAGGAUGACGAAGAUGAAGAGGAGGAGGAAGACGAGUGCAGCGUGUCAGUCGAAGCUGAGCUUGCCUGCAUGGAGGAGAAAUGGAGAGAGCAGUGCACCAUCAAUGAAAACCUGAAACUCCUGCUAGCCAGUGAGGAGCAGCGGUUUAAAACUCAGGUGGCAGAGAAGGACAGAGAGGUGUCAGCGCUGAGGGAGAGUCUUGUGGUGGUGACCAGGGAAAAAGAGAGACUGGAAAAGGAGUUGCGGCAGUGUAUGAACAGAGUGGAGGCAGCAGGGUGUCGGAGGUCAGAGGUCAGAGAGCCAAUGAUGCUGCGUUACCCACUGCCGUAUCCACAAGACCAACCUCCACUUCCACUGGUACCCCAACAACCUGCUGAACUGCAGUACGGAAACCCCUAUUCAGAGCAAGAGACCCGGGAUGGAGCAGAUGGGGCAUUAUCCCCAGAACAGACCUGCCGGCCCCCUCCUUUGGCUCCACCGCCAUGGGGUGGUCCUGUGGUCUGCAGUCAGCCAUCACGCAGUCUCAGCCCCCCUGAUGGCCUGGAGAAUCCCGCUGAAGAGAGGCCUAAUGGAGGUGAUGGUGAGGCCCCUGCAGUCUGCGAUCAUCAGAGCCUGGAAUCUAACGAGAGCCAUACCAGCUUCUGCUUUGACACCAGACCUGAUGUUCAUAAGCGGUGUCCCCUGUGUGAGGUGAUCUUCCCACCGCACUUUGAGCAAAGCAGUUUUGAACACCACGUGGAGUCUCACUGGAGGGUAUGUCCUGUCUGCAGCGAGCAGUUUCCUCUGGACUGCCAGCAGCAUCUCUACGAAAAGCAUGUGCACACACACUUUGAUGAAAAUGUUCUGAACUUUGAUAACUUUGAUUAGAGAGGAAAAUAUUUAUUUGAUUCUGGUUCAAUAUAAAACGCCUCAGGUGAUUCGGGGGCUUCAGUGUUAUUUUUUUUUUUUUCAAAACACGCUGAUGUUGUCACUUUGUCGUAACCGCUGCACAACUCAUGCCAGGAGGGCUUGCUAUCGGAAUAUUUGAUUUGCACAUAGACAAGCAUUAAUUCAGAUAUUUAAGCUUCUAAAGGACAUAAUACUAUAAUAAUGGUCUUCAGGUGUAACAGACAUGUAAAAAAAUAAAAUAAAAAGCACUUUUUAGUUUAAAAUGUUGUGCACUACUGUAAAACUGAUUGCGCUUUAAAAUGAGAGCAGAUAGCUCUAGGUUGUUGUUUAUGAAAAUGUAGACUUCAUUUUGAAGGACCAAUGAUGCAAUGAUGUAUAUGUUUAUUUAGCCAAAAGGAGAUGGCCAAAAUUAAUAAAGCCAAAUCACUAAAAUUACUCUAAAAUCGUUACCUCAGAGACAUUGAAUGCUUUAUGUGUGAAAAACAGUCACUAAAAGACUAAUUUAAAGGGAUAGUUCACCUAAAAAUGGAAGUUCUGUCACCAUUUAAUCACCCUCAUUUUGUUCUAAAACCAUAUAACAUUCUUCUGUGAAACUAAUUGCUGGUUGUGCUUCAAAUGCAAUUACAAUAAAUGUGGACUGGAGCUUUUAAGUUUCAGAAAAGAUGUAAAAGCUCCAUAAAAAAUAUCAUAAAAUCUUUUUAAGUUGAGCCAAUGAACUGAAUUAUGGAAGCCUGCUUCUGCCACAGUUUUGAACUCACAAUUCUGAGAAGAAAAAGAAUUGUGAGAAAAGAAGUGGCAGAAACAAGCUUCCAUACUGAAUCAGUUUAAUUUGUGAAUGAAUUGUUUAGUGGCUCAACCAAUUCAUUUAGGAAGGUUGAAAACUCCAGUCUCCAUUUAUUCUACUAGUAGUUCCUUUAAAUAAUCCAAUUAUUAUUAAAAAAAAAAAGUUAUUCUGUGCGAUGACAUUUGUUUUUAAGUGAACUAUUUCUUGAAGCUCAGCUAAAAUGACCAAGUAACUCAAUCCAGAGCCAGUGUGCUAAAUCAAUGGCUGUGCAACUUUUCAGUGCAUCAUUGGUUCAAACAUCUUGCAUCGAACAACUUAAAACAUUUAGUUUCAGCAUUAUAUCCAUCACACAUUCCUGCUUGAAAUCCAUUUAUCCAACACAGCUGAUGCUUCCCACUGUAAGUGUGCCAGGAAGUUUAACUUAGGGUUGCUCUGUGGUUGUGUGUAUCAAGUGUGUUUAUUAAUAAAGAAUGCUACAGCUCAAGUUCAUUAAACUGAACAUUUGUCCUUGUAUCAGCAAAUCAUUACACAACAGAACAGUCAUUACAUCAACACUCUAUGGACAAUAAAACACAGAAACGGGCAGCGCACUUGUUUGCUUUUCUUUAUUUUUGUACCAUUGUCCUAAAGUUUACAUUGCAGCUUGAGGAUAAAGACGUCUCAAAAGAGUCUCUCGUUCGCUCACACAAACACACAUUAUAUGUCGUCUCACAUACAAAUUGCCUCGGUUCCACAAAACAUUUUCCACAAAAACAUACAGUACGAAAAUAUAAUUUCAAAAGCACUUUACAAAAGACUUGCAAUACGAUACAUUCACUAAUAUAGUAUAUUAAACUCCCUCCAAAAUAAAUGCAUCUCCAUCACAUUACUAGGUGUAAGGAGUCACUCGGAUCCUAUCCAAUAAAAUCAUGCUUAACAGGUUCUAGUUUGCAUGUCGAAGCUGAGACCAAAUGACUCCUUAGCCAAAGAGAGGUACAAAUGUGGUUACUGGUACAUCGUCCAAAAAUACACACACACACAAACAAACA